AUGGAGCAGUUUGAGAAAUCAAACACCCAGGCUAAGAAAGGACUCUUGGAAAAGAUCAAGCUCUACCUUUCAAAGAAAAUUUUGCCACCUCACACUGACCGUAGGAAGUUUGACCAUGACUUUGCCAUCUCCACUUCCUUCCACGGAGUCCACAACAUUGUCCGGAAUCCGAGUAGGAUUCGCAAGGUGGUCUGGUUGCUGGUGGUCCUGGGUUCCAUCAGUCUCCUUGUCUGGCAGGUCUACAGCCGUCUCGUCAACUACUUCAGGUGGCCCACCACGACAUCUAUGGAGGUACAGUAUGUGGAAAGGAUAGAGUUCCCAGCUGUGACCUUCUGCAAUUUAAACAGGUUCCAAGCAGAAGCUGCAGCCACAUUUGGCAUUAUUUUUUUCUUAUGGAAUAUCGUAUCCAAAGUCCUUCAUCUUCAGGAAAUCAGUACCAAUUCUACUGGCUCUAAAGAGGCUAUUGAUUUCCUUGCAAGUGAGCGAAACUUCAGCAUUACAGAGUUUGUCAAGGAAAAUGGUUUUUAUCUCAACAGCAGCACAUUGUUAGAAUGUGAAUUUUUUGGAAAGCCAUGUGGCCCAGAGGAUUUUGCACAUGUCUUCACUGAAUACGGAAACUGUUUUACCUUUAAUCAUGGUGAAAAUAUCCAAGCGAAGGAAAAAGUGAGUGUUUCUGGAAGAGGCUUACACUUGCUCUUCAAUGUCAAUCAGGAGGAAUUUACAGAUGACCCAACCCUUGGCUUCGUUGACGCUGGGAUCACCUUUGUUAUCCAUUCACCCAUGAAGGUGCCGCAGUUUGAUGGUUUGGGCUUGUCCUCACCAGUGGGAAUGCAUACACGGGUGACCAUCCGCCAGGUGAAGACAGUCCAUCAGGAAUACCCUUGGGGAGAAUGCAAUCCCCACCUGAAACUGCAGAACUUCAGGACCUAUAGCACCUCUGGCUGCUUGCAGGAAUGCAAAGCUUGGCACAUCAGGAAGCAGUGUGGAUGUCUGCCUUUCCUUCUUCCUGGAAAUGGGAUAGAGUGUGACCUACAAAAGUUUUACAACUGUGUGUCUCCUAUACUCGACCACAUUGAAGUUAAGGGAUUGUGUACGGUGGGAACACACAAUUCCAGCUGCCCUGUACCUUGUGAAGAAACAGAAUACCCUGCGUUCAUUUCUUAUUCUACUUUUCCGAGCCAAAAAGCUUUGAAAUAUCUUUCCAAGAAGUUGAAUCAAAGCCAGCAAUAUAUCAGGGAGAAUCUUGUGAAUAUUGAAAUAAACUAUAGUGACUUAAACUAUAAGAUAACCCAGCAGCAAAAAGCAGUGAGUGUCUCUGAGUUACUUGCAGAUGUUGGUGGUCAGCUGGGCCUAUUUUGCGGGGCCAGUGUGAUUACAAUUAUAGAAAUUAUUGAGUAUAUAUUCACCAAUUUCUACUGGAUAUGCAUUUUGUUCUUGCUGAAGAUCCCUGAAAUGGCCCAGGGCACUCCUGCACCUCAGAAUCACCUGGGGAAUAAAGACAGCAUCGAGGUAUGCUGA